AUGUUGAUGACAUCUCCCAUAACGGAUCUUAAUCAGUUAUGGAAUUGGGAUGGAAAUACUGUACCACAUUGUCUGGUUGGUAAUUCACUAGAAAAUUAUACAAGAAACGGCGAUUAUCCGGAAACAUUACUUUGCCAUGAUAUGAAAGGUGGAUAUCUCGAUGAAGAAAGAUUAGACGGUUAUGAAAUAACAGAUUCAACAGCUCCAUUUAUAUUUUUUCAUUGGUGGUACAUCGAUGUUUUCGUAUAUUUCUCACAUAAUUUCAUUACUAUUCCGCCCGUAGGCUGGAUUAACCAAGCCCAUAUGCACGGUGUUAUAGUACUUGGGACUGUGAUCACCGAAUGGCAUGGAGGAGCUGAUCUUUGUAAGGAUUUUCUCAAAAAUGAAGAUAAUGUGACAAAAACGGUGCAGAAAUUGGUGAAUAUUGCUGUGAAAUAUAAUUUUGAAGGCUGGUUAAUUAAUAUCGAGAAUAAAAUAGAAAGGGAAUCCAUCAUGUAUCUUGAUCUUUUCCUGAGAAUGCUUACAAAUGAAAUGAGACAAGCAGUUGGUGAACGAAGUCGUGUGAUAUGGUAUGAUUCGGUUACGGUAGAUGGCGAACUAAAAUGGCAAAAUGAGUUAAACGACAAAAACCAGCGAUGGUUCGAUAUUACGGAUGGUAUUUUCUUGAAUUAUAUAUGGGAAGUGAAACAACUGUCGGCAAGUGCUGUACGCGCCAAGCAUCGUCAUCGGAAUAUUUUUGUUGGAAUUGAUUGUUAUGGCCGAGGAUGUCAUGGUGGUGGUGGUUGGAAUUGUCAUGAAGCGUUCAAGUAUCCCCGCCAAAAUAAUCUUUCAGUCGCUUUGUUUGCUCCUGGUUGGAUUGCUGAAACAAUCCCUUGUCAAGAAAUCAUCGUUAAUUCUUUGCGGUUCUGGGAUCGUUUGAUUACAUUUGUUCGACCACAUCCGUUAAUAAAAUUGCCAAUUGAUACUGAUUUUAGUUUCGGUUACAAAUACAAAGAUGCUUGCAAGUAUUACAAUUUAUCUGAAGCAAAAAUGCAGCCUUUUUAUCUGGCAAGUGGCGCAUUCCCAGCAUCUUCUGGUGUACAUAUUGUUCUUCAGGGCCAAACUUUGUACAGGUUAUUUGUGACCAACUUAUGCUUGAAUGGCGAUUAUAUUGUGGAAGCUGAUUGCGACGAAGCUCUGCAACUAAUGUUAUGGAAAAAAGAGAGCAACAAAGAAGAGGUUAAACAUAUUAAAGAGAAAAUGGAAGGAGUGAGGAACGUUUGGAAUUUCCAUGUUGUGGACGAAAUUAUCGUUGGAAUUGGUCUACUUUCGUCCAGUUUUGCUAUUUUACGUAGUUUUAUUUUCCGUAGGCAAAUCAGCAUGUGCAUACCAUCGUAG